UGCUAAUAUUAAUGUUGAUGUAUGGGAAAAUCUUUAACUUUUUUUUGCAUGAAAAUAGCAUGUGCUUUCCCACAAUUAGGACAGUGGAUCGAUAUUUACAUGAAAGAAGGAUUACUGUUGAUUCUUCUAUUUUGCUCAUGCUAGCAGUUGAGGAGGAUGACAUCUUAUAGCUUUAUAAAAUUUGUUCUCAUGUUGUUUAAUCUAUGCAUGCUAUCAGGUCAGAGAAGGAUCCUGAUUUGACACCAGCCACUGUCUCACCACAACCUGAGCCGCGUGAGGACCCAUCAGAAGAUCGGUGCUCCUCUGCAGAUCAUUUGGAGUAUGACCCAGUCAACCUGGAAGCAAUCAGAAUUUUUGAAAGGCUAGAAGAGGAGGAAGAAGAAAUAAAGAAUGGGAUGAAAUGGAUGCAAGCCGAAGGUACUAAAGCAUCCAAGAUCUAUUUAUCAUCCAUCGAAACAAAAACCCGCUGCACGCUCAUCCCAGAUGCAGAAGCUCUCCGCUCAGCUCCCACGACACUCCCGCAGCAAAGACAGGAGGCGUGGUUAUUCGUCGCCAUCCUUUUUUUUUUUGCCUUUUUUUACAAAGCACGCAAGUGGUAGCUUGAGUCAACUGAGUUCCUUCCACAUGUGGGAAGAGCCGCUCAAGUCAACUACCAUGCGCAGUUCCUCGGCAGAAAUACGAGAGGAAACAACGCGCGCGCGCGUCAUAUUUUUUGCUUUUUGCACCGCGUUCCGGGGGCUUCCGGCCGGGUGAUGUUCAAAGGAUGUGUGACCGUCUCUUGUUGGGAACCGUGCUUGAAACUUGUUUACAUGCCCAUGCAUGGAUGAUCGAGGCCACGACGUUGAGAAGAGAGCGUGCGGCACGCGCAAAGGUAAACUUAACGGACGACGGGCAGAGUCGAAGCAACUCUCCGAGCAACUAGCUUUGCAUUGGCGUGUGUCCUACUCAUCUCUUUGGCCAGUAAGUAGUUGAAGUGGUCAAUCGCUCUGUUAGUUUGGCUUGACAGCCAAUCAGUCAGCAGUACUGUUCUUUUAGACUAAAUACAGCUACCAGCCAGUCAGCAGUACUAUUCUCUCAGAUUAAUUUAGCACCAGCCACCAGUCACAAUCAAGCGAACACAGCGAAUAUAAUGAUCCGAAUUCUGAUUUCCGAACCACACCACCGCGCUCCACGCAUGGUCAGUCAGGCUCGGCAGCUGCAUGGCUAGCUAGCUGCUUGCAACAAAUAAUGGCUCGGCAGCUCGUUGCCUUUUUCAAAAAAAAAAUCCUCUAAAGAUAACCUACCUUUUAGAUUCGCAUAUGUUUGCGUUCAGCAAUGCAAAUUGUAAUCAUGCUACACAAUUUAAAAUUAAUCAUGCAGCAUUCUGUCAUGUACAUAUAUACAAGACGCACAUAUAUAUGAUGUACACUCAACCACUGAUUAUGAUAACAUUACGCGUACAGGGUAGAGAAGAAGAAAAAUGCCAAGAAAAGACACUUGAUUAUACGAACCCGCCGUGAUUAGGAGAAAGUAGCACGCCUUUUGGUUCCGAACGAAGCAACCAAAGGAUAACUUGCCAACUUGGGGUGGGGGAUCUGGUCUUGUCCAGCGUUCAACUCUGCUUUUGACAUCGGAGUAGUAUAUACAUGUGUGUGUCCGAUCCGCGUGUGCAUCCACAUGCGAAUAGGAACAGUAGCAGUAGCUAAUAAGCUUAAGGAAACCAACAUGUUGCCGUUCAGUUUUGCCGUGUAGCUAGGUACAUGGUAGAUGCCCUGUUAUCACCCUGCUCCCCGAUGCAAUACCCUCUACACACGGUGCUGAGAUCACGAGCAGCGGCGGUGGUUCUUCCUCAAGAUGAAGGCGGCGAGAAAUCUCCUGCAUUUCCUUCUCGUGGCAGCCAUCGGCACCGUGGCCUGCGUUGUGCUGCUGCUCCAGCAGCAGCGUCCUCAUCAGUGGCUGUGCGACCCGGCUGUGCCGGCGCCACAUGUAGAAGCGAUGGCCACCUUGGGCAAUAAUACGACUCAGGAAGCUGCCGAUCCCAGCAUGAAAAAGCUUGUUGCCAAUGGCAAGAAGAACGGCAGUUCAGCUGACGGCAAGCUCUCGGAGGUGCUGAGGGCGGCGGCCAUGGAGGACAACACCAUCAUCAUGACCUUCACCAACGAGGCCUGGACGGCGCCGGGCUCGCUCCUGGACCUCUUCCUGGAGAGCUUCCGCAUCGGCGUGCGGACGGAGCCCCUGCUGCGGCACCUGGUCAUCGUCGCCAUCGACGGGAAGGCGUUCGAGCGGUGCCGGCGGGUGCACCCGCUCUGCUACGCGCUCCCCGUCGGCGGCGACGGCGUCAACUUCGAGGCGGAGCAGUCGUACAUGGCCGGGGACUACGUCGACAUGCUGUGGCGCCGGCACCGGUUCCAGGCCCGCGUCCUGGAGCUCGGCUACGGCUUCGUCUUCACGGACGUGGACAUAGUCUGGUUCCGGAACCCGCUGCUGCGCAUCCCCGUCGCCGCCGACUUCGCCAUGUCCUGCGACUCCUUCUACGGCGACAACCCCUACGACCUGGACAAGCGCGCCAACGGCGGGUUCGUGUACGCGAGGCCCAGCGCCCGGACGCUGGCGCUCUACGGGGCCUGGUACGAGGCCCGGAGCAGGUUCCGGGGCCAGCACGAGCAGUUCGUGUUCGACAGGGUGAAGCACGAGGUGGUGGCGCGGAGCGGCGUGACGGCGCAGUUCGUGGACACGGACUACCUCGGCGGCUUCUGCGAGCGGGGGAAGAGGAGGGACUUCCACAAGCUGUGCACGUUCCACGCCAACUGCCUCGUCGGGCUCAAGACGAAGCUGGAGAGGCUCCGCGGCGUGCUCGACGAGUGGAAGCGGUUCAAGGAGAAGGCCGGGAAGCCGGGCAGCAACAUCACAGCUCUGACGGACUGAAUUCGAUCAUGUCACAGUUCAGUUGCGUACCCAACAAUAAUGGUGCUGUGAUUGUUGAUUGAUUUUCCCUUGUUUGCUGAAACAGGUACUUUGGCAUUGCUAUGCAUCAUCGCCGUUGUUCUUCUUCCGACAGCAAGUGCAUGUAUGCUUGGCGAUUUGACGUCUAGUCAUGUGCGUGCAGCCAGUUUAAGUUACGUUCAUUAAGCUAUAGUACUCUUUUUAUUACACAUAUAGUUAUCGAAAAUACCUAGCUAGGCGAGUGUUUGCGCAUGUAUGUGAGAACGUCUUUGUUCAUACUGAAAAAUACUUAUUG